UUUAUUAAUUAUUUAUGAUUAUGGCUUUACAAGGACUUCAUCUUUCUCCAUUCUUCAUCAUUCUUCUUCUCUCUAUUAUUUUUGUUAUCAUUAUCCCUUGUUAUUAUUGUUUGCCAGGAGAUACCCUUAAUCAUUAUCUUGAAGAACAAGGAGGAGAAGCUUUUGGGUAUCAUUAUUCUCAAGCUUAUCCUUCUUAUUUUAGUUCCAUUGAGGAUAGCCAGUUCAAGGACUUCAUCAAGUUAAGAUCUAGUAAUGUUCUUAAUUUGAAGAUAUUUGACAAAGUAGGUAGCACAUCAACUUCAGUUAAAACCGUUAAUGUUGAUGAUUAUCGUGCUAAUACAGACAGCGCCGAUGAUACAAAGGCAUUUGAAAAGGCAUGGGAGGAAGCUUGUUCGUCUAAAGGAGCAGUUCUUGUUGUGCCGAAAAACAGGUACCGUGUGAAGCCGGUUAGAUUCUCAGGUCCAUGCAAAUCCAAUCUCACAGUGCAGAUAUAUGGAGUAAUUGAAGCAUCAGAUGAUCGAUCAGACUAUAAGAAAGAUGAUAGACACUGGCUUGUGUUUGAUGGAGUUGAGAAUUUGCUAGUUGAAGGUGGUGGAACUAUUGAUGGGAAUGGCAAGAUUUGGUGGCAAAACUCAUGCAAAGUUGAUAAGGAUCUUCCCUGCAGGGACGCCCCUACGGCUCUCACUUUCUAUGAAUGCAAGAAUCUGGUGGUGGAUAACUUGAAAAUUCAAAAUGCACAACAAAUGCAUAUAUCUUUUGAAGGCAGCAAGGAUGUUCAAGUCUCCAAUCUUAGUAUAACUUCACCUGAACAUAGCCCCAACACAGAUGGAAUCCAUGUAACACGUACCCAAAACAUCUACAUUACUAAUUCAGUCAUAGCAACAGGUGAUGAUUGCAUCUCUAUUGUAAGUGGGUCGCAAAAUGUGCAUGCCAUGGACAUAACCUGUGGACCAGGUCAUGGGAUAAGUAUUGGAAGCUUAGGCUCUGGCAAAUCAAGAGCUUAUGUUUCAGGAGUAACAAUUGAUGGUGCUAAGCUUUCUGGUACUCGCAACGGUGUUAGGAUCAAAACAUGGCAGGGAGGAUCAGGAGUUGCUAGAGACAUCAAGUUUCAAAAUAUUGAAAUGCAAAAUGUGAGAAAUCCCAUUAUAAUAGAUCAGUACUAUUGUGAUCAUAAAUCAUGCAACGAACAGCGAUCAGCAGUUGAAGUGAAAAAUGUGAUGUACAAGAACAUAAAGGGGAGCAGUGCUUCUGAAGUAGCUAUAAAAUUUGAUUGCAGCAAAGCUUAUCCAUGUCAAGGGAUUUUGUUGCAAGAUGUUAUCCUGGAAAGAGAAGCAGAGGAUCAAAAAGCAAAAGCUUUAUGUUACAAUGUUAAUUUGGUUGAAAAAGGAGUUGUUUCUCCACAUUGUCCAUGACUAAAAAUAAAUCAUGUGCAUUGACAUUGAUAUGUUGUAAUCAUAUAUCCAAAAUAAAUCAAGAAAGCCAAGCUUGAACAUUUCAGAUAGAAUAUUAAAAUCUUGACACAUAGCUACCCAGCUUGAACAUUCCGAGUUCAGU